AUGAGAAGAUUUCUGGAAUUUGUCAAGAUCUAAAAAAAUAAGCAAGCUAUUUCGAUAAUUGAGGAACAGCAAUCUAGAAUAUAAAAAGUUGGAAUCUUUAUUGUAAUAAUAGGAAGCAGACAUUCGAAUUCACAUAAGUGUAGUAAAAGUUAAUAUUAAAUUAUACUACAAAAUAAAUGAAAUUGUAUUAGGAUGGUUUAUAAACAAAAUUAGAGGAAGCUAAUUUAGAAAUCAAGAGAUUAUAAGAAAGUAUUUUUAAACUAAAGAAAUCUAAGUAUAAAUAAAGUAUAAUAGUUGUUAAUCAGAAUCAAAGAAAAAGAUUAAAGUCAUGAUGGGUCUACUUCAUGUAUAUAUGGCACUCCAAAGAAAUAAUCUUCUUUCUCUCAAUAUAGAGGUUACACUUCUCACAAAAGUUCAUAUGAUGAACUCUUUAAGAGAUACAAUAAACUCUUAUAAUAAUAGUAGUCAACAAUCAAAUACAAUCUUUAACUUAUAUAUUAUUAAAUAUCUAUAGACUGUAAUAUUUAAAUUAGUUAAUAUAUGAUGAAAAGACAAUAGACUUUAGCUGAAAUAUGUAAUAUACUACCAAACAGAAGUUAGACAAAACAUAAUAAUAGCGUAAAUAAGGAGUGGAUAUCAUAAUCCAAUCAAUUCAGAUGCAAUAAAAAACUUAUUGAAAAUAAAAUUAAUUAUAAAUUGCUUAAAUUAUGA